AUGGAAAGAUCAAAUUCAACAGUAGAUAAAAAUUCCUCUACUCAACAAAUAGGCCUUGAAGAGUUUACUCCUCUAAGAGGAAUUGCAAUAAAAGAUCUGAAAGUGUUUAUCUUUAUGAAGCCAAGCAAGAAAGAGCUAGACCCUUAUAUUAAGAGAGUUAUUGAAUUUUUACAGAGAUUCUCGAUAUCCUGAUAUGUUACUGAAGCAGUAAUGCAGUUAUUAAAAGAUUCUAUGGUUGAGGCUGAAGAGCCAGAUGAUGAUCAAAGUAGUACUCACUCAGACACGAUUAAAAUUGAUAUUGACUCUAUUGAUAUCUUUUCAGAAGAAAAUCAAAACUCGAUUAACAGAAUCAUUACACUGGGAGGAGACGGAACAGUUGUCCAAGCCAUUAAGCUGUUUGUCAAGGACAAAUGUCCUAAGAUGAUAACAUUUGGACAAGAGUCUAUUGGCUACUUGUGAUGAUUUGAAGGCUCUGAGUAUGAAGAAGUUCUUUACCACUCCCUCAUUAAGAUAGCUGAAGAUAGAGAUGAUUAUGAAAAGUUUACUGAAUUUGAAGAGGAUAUUAAAUAUGGAAUCCCAUAUGUGGAGAAGAAAGAUAGAGUAGUUCUGAAGGUUCUUUUUGAUGAUUUGGACCCUGAUGUAAUGUCAACUAUUACUCCUGGAAAGACCAAGAAGCCGAAGUUUGGCAGUCUAUAUGCUUUAAACCAAAUUAUUGUUGAUAGAGGUUCUUUUAAUUAUCUAACAAAUUUGGAAUGUUAUAUUAAUGGAAACCCACUCACUGUGAUUCAAGGAGAUGGAGUGAUACUAUCUUCUUCAACAGGCUCAACUGCUUAUAACAUGUCAGCAGGUGGAAGCAUUGUUUAUAAUUAUGUGAACUGAGUAUUGCUAACUCCAAUUUGACCUCAUUCCUUGUCAUUCAGACCCCUCAUCCUUCCCGAUGAUUGUGUAAUAACUUUAAAAGCCUCAGAAAACUCAAGAGCAGAAUACUACAGCGUGAGCAUAGAUGGAGACCACUCAUUCUCAUUGAAAAAGGGUGAAAAGAUAGAUAUCCAGGGUAGUCUAUGCUCUCUCCCAUUUGUUACCUUCAAUCCAGUCGAUCCCAUGCAAGAAUGGUGCAGCCGUUUGAACAGUUCCCUGCAUUGGAAUUCAAGACCAGUUCAGAAGAAUUUUACUAAAAAGAACUAAAGGAAUGCAUCAGAAGCAUCUCUGCAAGAUCUAAAAGACCAGCUGUUGCCAGAAAUGUUGUUCUUAAUUGUUGUAAAUUCCCCUGUA